CUUUCGUUCACGCAAGCGCAACCUGCUUCUCCCGCUGGCUGUCUCGGAUCGGACCCCCUCCCUCCUGCCACGCAUCCUCCCCGCCCACGAGCCUCCCCCGCAACCGGAUAAUAAGGAAGAGGAAGAGAAACCGUGCGGUGCGGCGAAAGGAACAGUGAAAAAGGAAGAAUCUCUGAUCGAGGUUCCUGUCCGGCUUGCAGAAUCUUGGCGGCCAGCCAUAUAUGGAUGUACUGCUAGGUUCCGGGAGGUUCUUGGCACGACGGCCUCCCCUCGCGCUCGUCCCUCGCUGCUCUCGAGGCUCCCCGGACAAAAGCGGCAGCGACAAAGGUGAAACCUCUGCUGAUUGGGACAAGGCAUGGUCUGCCUUCAAGAAGAAAGGGAAGAGGACCCUGUUUUCUGAUUUCUCACCGGACAAGUACGUGACCUGGAACCCACAGCGCAGCGAGUAUCCAUUGUCAGAAGAGGUGGAUCCAAUCAAGAGAACUGAAAGAUCUAACUUGAUGCUGUGGACAAGCCCCCAGUUCACCUUGGUCGGGGCGAUUAUCAUCGUCUUGACAUUGCUAAUCUAUACACUAGUUGUUCCUCCUCCCAAGUAACUGCAGAGGUGACUACUACUAGGGGGGGGGGGGGGGGGGGGUGAGCUGUAAACUAGUAGUAUUUCAACUGGGAAGUCUGUAUUGUACAUUUUUUACGUGUGCUAUGGCAACUAUAGCAGUAUUAAUUCAAUUGCGAUCAUGUAGAUACAACACCACUGUCCAUUCCAUUCUGGAGGUUUUCUUCAAUUG